UCACGCACCCGAGUCUCCUCGCUCGCCGUCGAGCACCCAGCACACCCAUCCUCUCCCCAAACCAUGGCCUCCACAUUCUUCGGCUGGCUGCGGUCGCCCGCCGCGCGCGAAUACUUCUUCAGUACUCACUUCUGGGGACCGGUUGCGAACUGGGGUCUCCCGCUAGCUGCACUCGCCGACUUGAGGAAGGACGAGGAGGUCAUUUCGGGGGCAAUGACCACCGCGCUGACGUCGUACUCCUUGGUCUUCAUGCGAUUUGCAUGGCGAGUCCAACCGAGGAAUUACUUGCUCUUCGCAUGUCACGCGACAAACGCAACAGCACAGUCCGUGCAGGGCCUGCGUUUCGUAAACUACUGGUACAUGGGCGGGAGGGACAAAGCAUUGGCAGAAAAGAGUGCCGUUCCGGCUACAAAAUAG